UGAAGGAGGAGCUGAAACUUCAGAGUCCAGACUUCAGCUCACAGAGAUCCUGUCAGCCUGCAGCAUGCUGCCUCCGAACCUGCUGGUCAUGUGGAUGGUCAUCUUCCUGGUAACAACGGUUUCUACGGCUCCUGUCGAGGAGAAGGAGCAGGAUGAGGUGGAGGUGGAGGUCAUGGAAGAGGCGGAGGGGGAGCUGUCCGAGGAGGAGGAGGGAGCUGUUGGCAGGCAGCAGACCACCACAGUGGCGGUGGUGGCAUCCAGAAGUUCAGCAGGAGUUUCAGCAGGUGAGUCUACCAACAUUCAGGAUCUGGGCGGUGUUGCAGCAGGUGAGUCUACCAACGUUCAGGAUCUGGGCGCGUCCGGCGGUCAGCCAGCAGGCGGAGGAACACCUGAUGGAACAGCAGGAAGUUCUACAGCAGCUGGAGGUCCGAGCGGCUCAGCAGGUUCUCGACCGACAGGUUCUGAAGGAGUCGACUCAGACUCUAAUGGUAACGGGCAGAAGCUGCUGAAUGGAGGAGGAGGGGGUGGAGCCGACAGUCAGACAGGUGAGCUUCAGGGGAAGGGGCUACAGGUGAGACUGACAGGUGUUCUGGGUUCAUUUGGAGUUUCUCACUUGGAUUAUACAGGACCGAUUGACGCAUCCAGUCACGACUUCCUGCUCAGCCUGAUGGGUACGUUUCUACUUGAGACAGGUGGAGGUGUUCCGUUUACACCAGGUGUUCACGUCAACGCCCCAGGUGACAUGACUCCGCCCACUCAGCUGGACCCCACAGUGAUGUCGUCAGGUGUGACAGCAGCUCCGGACUUACCUGCAGACCCCGUCCAUCACUCUGACAUCAGCAUCGACCAAUCAGGACCGGACUCCACCUCUCUGAUCUCGGGGCCUCACCAAUCACUGUACAGCUCUGUGUCAGGCUCUGCCCACUCCACUACCCAGGAAGAUGCAGCAGCUUCAUCAUCGUCAUCGUCAUCAUCAUCAUCAUUGUCACACAGCGAAACUCAAAGGGAACAGACAGGAAACGGUCGUCAGACUCUGCUGUUGGACUCAAACGCAGAUGUCAUGAUGAUGUCAGCAGGAGGGGCGGAGUCAGUGACUGGUCUUUACAUCGACCUGACAGCUUCAGGUCUCGGACUCGGCCAUGAUGUCACAGAGUCGUCACCUGUCGUCCUCCAUACAGAGACACACACUCUGCAAACAGUUUCAGGUGGUUAUUCCAACACAGACCUGGUUACCAUGGCGACAGACUCCAUGGUAACAGACAGAGUUUCAGCAGAUCCAACAUGGAUGCCACUCGACUCCAGUCAUCCAGCUGUGACUGAUCACAAUCAGACGGCUGGUUCAGUCACUGAACAGUACAACCCAUCUGGUCAGGGUCCUGAAGGUGCAGAAAAUGUGGAACUGGAGGAUACCUGCUGACUUCCACAUCAAGCCGCAAGUUCGAUUCCUGCGCUACCGAUUCCAGUGUACCAACCAAUCAGCAUGGCCGAGGAAAUCAGACCCCUCCCACUAGCUAUAGGCCCCGCCCACUCGGUGUUUUUGUUAAAUAUUUAAAAUUUUGUUUAUAGACAUUUAUUUUGUUUUAGUGAGAAAAAAAAAUGUUUCAGCCGAAUCUCGAAGGUGAUUCUGUUCUGACUUGAAGAGGUUAAACAGGAAGUGAUGUCAUCAUCUGUAAACUUCUACAAUAAAUGUUUUUGUCUAUUUUGAACAUCAAA